AUGGAGCCCACGUUGCAUAUCGACCAGCUCACCGCUCCGCCGCAGCUGGAAGAUCCACCGCUGAUGCCGUCUGCAGCUGAUGCUCCUGCUCCACCACCACCAGCAGACGCGGUACCAAAGGGGGCAGAAGCAGCAGAGCACAUGGUCACACUCACCGAUGGAGAGAGACUUUUUCUUCACCCUUCCAUCACACAAGGCGAGGAUGGCGAUGACGCCCACUUGGCCAUUGAGGAUCUCUUUGGUGAGUUGUUCGAGGUGGGAGAACAGCGGCCGGUCGAUCCCGCCCUGGUCGACACACGUAACAUGCUUCUGCGUCUCUUCGGCUCCUGCGUCCACGAGGAGGAUGUCGACUUCGAGGACGAGAAGCAAAUAAAGUUGGCUAAGGAAAUGGCGGAUAACAAGGCAGCUGCCCGCUUUGCAGCUGUGGAAAAAUGGUUUGGCGAGGCAGGUGCUGCCGCAUUGGAGGAUGAACGCAUGGAGCCGUUCGGCUGUCUAAAGUCUUCUUUGCCGCACGCACCGGAACUCGGCCAGCAUGAGGGUUUGUGGCUCACUGACAUGCCGAAAAUUGUGCCAAACCGCCAAACGCUCCAUAUGGACCCUAAGCCGUUCCAUCCAUCGAAGUGCACACCUCUGAAGAGCACGGAACGCAUGCUGUACACCACGCAGAACGUCAUUCGUUGGGCGCAUCAUCAGGGAAGCAACACGUUCAUGAGCAAUGCCCGAGUUGUGCGGUGGAGUGACGGCAGCGUUACUCUGCAUGUCGGUAGCGAUUUGUUUACCUUGCAGCCCUCAAAGGAGAGUGCUGUUACAAUGCUUGCCACCCCUACAGUUGUGCGGAAGGGUAAGAUUGGAAUUCCUGCCAUGGUGUCAGCUCUCAACCCGGACGAGCACUUUGUCGUGGAGGGUGCAACAGCAGCCUCAAUUGAGGAAGCUGUUAUUGCAGAAAAUGCGCAGUUUCGUUCCGUCGCGACACAGCAUAAUCUCGCGUACAGCACGCCAACACUGCCGAACAUCAACUGGAACAAGAUGACAUCAGCACGCACCCCUGUGGAGGAAUACAUUAUGAAGGAAUACAACCGCCGGCAAAAAAUCAUCGAUCAACGCAAGAGAGAAGGUCGACCUGUAACGCUGACAGAACAAAUGGAGCUAGAGAACGAGCUUCUGCAGCGGCUACAUACUAUCAGUGCUGAGGAGUUGCUGGAACACCAACAGGAGCAGCAGCGGGAGGCCGCCUUGCGCGCCACUGCUCGCCACCAGCAGCCCCGUCGAGGCCGCUUUGAGCGGAAUAUGAACCUUGAGGGCGGUGCAGAUGAGGCAGUAGGUGAUGACAGAGAUGGUAGUGCUGAGGCGAGGGAUGGUGAUGAUAAUAAUGAUGAUGAUGAUGAUUACGAGACGAUGCUGGAGGAAAUGCGACGAAAACGGCGGCGGGAGGAAGAUGCGGAAGAUGCCGAACGAAUGCAGCGCAUGCGCCAACGCGAGGUUGCGCAGAUGCAUCGAUACGAGCAUCUCGUUGAAGCCCUAAGCGAGCUGCUCCCGCACCUUCCUACAGGGUCGAACGCGUUGGGCAGCGUUCAGGGGACGCUAGACUUCUUGAAGACCGGGGCGUUCUCCGCCGGUGUUGUAGAGAAGGAGGUGCCACUGAUGAUGGAGGAGGUGGCCAGCGAGUGCCCUGACGUGGACCUUUCACGCGUACGAGAUGAACUCCAAAGGCUGCAUUCGUGA